AUGGACUCGCUUCGGACGCGUAAAGGAGCCGCCGUUGCUGCUGCUGCAGCCACCGGCGACACGCAGCACUCGGCGCACCAGCACUCGGCGCACCAGCACCCGCCGUCUCAGCACCAGCGGCACCAUCACCAGGCCUCCGCCGCAGCAUCCUCGACCGGCGCGCCGUCACAAGCCUUGCAUGGCAACGGCGGAUCGUCAGCUUACUAUUCUGCACCGGCGGCGGGUCCGUCAUUGAUCCCAAAGGUCGAUUUUUCAGCCACGAGCUCGAAGCCUCUAUCGUUGACCAAGAGAGAAUCGAGAUCGAGUUCACCCAAAGGCUCGCUCAAGGAUGGGAAACGCCCGUCGCCGAGGAACACCGUCUGGGAUCGGAUGGGAGGGGGCUUCAAUCUCGGGCCGGGGGAAGGAAGACUUCUGUUGGGUUUGUUUUUGUUGGGCUCGGUUGUGAGGCUGUACAAGAUUGGGAGACCUAGCUCCGUCGUGUGAGUGCUGGCACCCGUUUCGAGGUCGUAUCGGAACGCGUGGAGUCCGAAGCCUGACACGUUCAAUCAAUCAUUCGUGGCUCGCAGAUUCGACGAGGUUCAUUUCGGAGGGUAAGCCCGGCGUUGGUCAAUAAACGUGGCUAAUUUCAGGUCAAUGCUAAUCUUUCCACUCCAUUGUGCUCUACAGAUUCGCCAACAAGUGAGCUCAUCAUUGCAGUUCGCGGGCGGCGGUGGGUAUUGCCGGGGAAGCUCACACAUGGCCGUUCGCAAUCGCAGAUACAUCCAAUCGCGAUUCUUCAUGGACGUGCAUCCACCGCUGGCCAAACUUCUCAUCGCGUUGAUGGCAUACAUAGGCGGCUUCCAGGGCGGAUCCUUCGAUUUCAAGGAAAUCGGUCAGUCAUCCACCCCCCCUGGAAACGACCCAGCGGUGCUCCAACUCCAUUGGGAACGCUGACCACGAGCGGACACACACAAUCCAGGUCGCGAAUACGGACCCGAACACGUUCCUUAUGUCCUGAUGCGGCUACUCCCGGCUGUACUUGGCCUUUUCGUCAUUCCCAUCGCUUACCUCACGCUGCGUGGACUGCAGACGCGACCUACGACCGCUCUCCUCGGCGCUCUCUUCAUCACCUUCGAGAACGGUCUCAUCACCCAAUCUCGCUUCAUCCUCCUCGAUUCACCCCUCAUCUUCUUUACCGCACUUUCGACGCUGUUUUGGGUCGGCUUUUCGAACGAGAAUGAGGUGCCUAGGGAUCGAGCAGGCCGAGUGGGACCGUUCAGUCGACGAUGGUGGAUUUGGCUCACCUUGACCGGUCUCGCCUUGGGCGCGGUACUCAGUUGCAAAUGGGUCGGUCUCUUCACCAUCGCCACUAUCGGUAUUUUGACGAUUCUGCAGCUGUGGACCUUAUUGGGCGAUCUUCGAGUGCCGAUCCCUUUGCUGGUACGCCAUUUUGUCGCCCGAGCACUGUGCUUAAUCGCGAUCCCGAUCGUGUUCUACAUGGCCAUGUUCAAGAUCCAUUUCGCCAUCUUGUCCAACUCGGGUGAAGGCGACGGCUUUAUGUCGAGCGAGUUUCAACAUACUUUGCGUGGCCACAGAAUGGAAGAUACAUUUGCAGGUACGUCCACGUCUCGGCACCCAGCCUAUUGUCAACGCACUGAGCUGACAUUCGGCCGUUGAGUAGAUGUCAUGAUUGGAUCCACCGUCACGCUACGCCAUUUACGCACUCAAGGCGGCUAUUUGCAUUCGCAUCCGUCCAACUACCCUGGAGGCAGCAAGCGUGAGUCGAGAUUUCACCGGUUGUCAAGCAUCAAACACCAACUGAGAUUGCCAUCUAUAUUCACAUUAUAUAGAGCAACAAAUCACGCUUUACCCCCAUCGCGACGAGAACAACAACUGGCUUGUGCUCAACUCAACGGCCGAUCCUGAACGACCGGAUCCGCAAAACGAUUCGCCUCCCCGUCCUCUCCAAGAUCGCGACAUCAUCGUCUUGCACCAUGUUUCGACGAACAAGAAGCUGCAUUCCCACGACAUCCGACCUCCCAUCAGCGAGGUCGACUACCAGAACGAAGUGUCGGCCUAUGGCUUUGAGGGCUUUGACGGCGACGCGAACGACCACUUCAGCGUCGAGAUCGACCAAACGGAGACGGAUACAAAGCACGGCGGUCGGGACGCAAAGAAGCGCGUGCAAACGCUGCGAACCAGGUUCCGCCUGCGUCAUCUCUUGACCGGAUGCUAUCUCUUCUCGCACAAGGUCAAGCUGCCCGAAUGGGGUUUUGAGCAACAGGAAGUGACGUGCAACAAGAAUCCGUCGCAUGACAAUGCCUUGUGGUACAUCGAGACGAACGAACAUGCCGCGUGUUAGUUAUUAUGCGCCGAUUCGCGCAUCACUUGGCCCCCUGCUGACCGAGUCCAUUCGUUUCGACAGUGCCCUCGACCUCGCCCAAGGUCAACUAUCGUCUACCAGGUUUCUUCAGCAAGUUCUUCGAGCUGCAAAAGGUUAUGUGGCUCACCAACGCUGGGUUGACCGAUCGGCACGCGUACGACUCAAGGCCCCAUUCGUGGCCACUACUUCGUCGUGGUAUCAACUUGUAGGUUUCCGAGCAUCCGAGCUUUGCAAUGUCCGAAGUUCGACGCUUAUGCCGGGUGGGUUGAACACUGCAGCUGGGUCAAGGAUCACCGCCAGAUCUACCUCAUCGGAAACCCUUUCGUAUGGUAUCUCGCCACGUUUUCAGUGCUGGCGUAUUUUGGCAUCCGCGGCAUGCUCAUCUUGCGAUGGCAGCGCGGCUACAAGGAUUUUGCCCACUGUAAGUCCCAGGAAUGUCGUGCUCCACCCAUUAUGCUUGCAACUGACGACAUUUUCUCUUGUCAAUGAUGCAGCUCAAGUCGUCUUCUACGAUGGAGUUUGCGGAUUCCUGACGCUCGGCUGGUUCCUGCACUUCGUCCCUUUCUUCUUGAUGUCGCGCCAACUGUUCCUGCACCACUACUUCCCUGCGCUCUACUUCUCUGUACGCAAACAAGCAUACGCUCGCUCCGAACCUGUGUUGAGGCUGACCUGUAUCCCUAAACCAUCCAACACAGAUUCUUCUUUCGGCAUCCGUCUUUGACCUGGCCACCUCGUUCCUCAAGCCCAAGUUCCGCCUCCAAGCGCUCGUAAUUUUCGCCCUCGGAGCCAUGGCGACGUAUUGGUACUUCUCUCCUCUAACCUAUGCUGGUGUAUGGACGCGCGAGCAGUGCAUGCGGGCUCAGUGGCGCUCCCAUUGGGACUUCUCGUGCGACGACUUCCUCAGCAACGAAGCACUCAAGAAGCAGGCGCACGUCGAAGGGGAUGUUGCGGUCACAACGGGGAUAAGCACGACCGCUGUUGUGAACGAGCUCUUGCCGGGGAGGAAUGCUUUCGGGGAGGAUAUGAUUAAAGGUGAGAGCAGGCUGUAGAUAACCAAGUUGGGACAGCGGACUGACCCCGGCCUAUUCGCCCACUCGCCUCCCAGCCCCGGUCUCGUCCAUCAUCCCGAACGAUCCUCUUGCCACCCCGGCGGCGGCGGUGCCGGGCCCUGACGACCCUUCGACGACUAUCAUUCCUGAAGAUCGACCCGAGGCAAUGGUUCUUCCUCCCGCGGCACAGCAAGAGACGGACCUCGUACCACCUCCUGCCCGAGCGGCGGCAGGCGAGAACGCGGCUCCCGUUGGCCCCAAGGAUGAGGCGGGGGAGAAGCUCGAGGCCGUAAAGGAGAUGGCUAGAAAUGCUGAGGAACGGUUUGAAGACGAACAAAAAGCGAGACAGGUGAGGCAGGCUGAGGCUCGGGAAGAGGAAAUCGAGGAAUAUCGGAAGGAGGCGAAAAAUGAGCCUCUGAAGAUUCGGGAACGAGUUGAGCCCAAGCCGAAGCCGAAGCCGGUCCCUGUUAAGGCGCCAGCAAAGAAAAUCGUCAUUGACGCGGAUGACGAUGGCGAAGAAGAAGAGGCCGAGGUGGACGCAUAUGUCAGGAAACUUCGUGCGCAACGAAAGUACACCGAGGACGACGAGGAGGACGAUGAUGACGAGGAGGACGAUGAUGACGACGAGGACGACUUUAACAUCAAGAACGUCGGGAAGCCGAAGCUGGAUGAGGAUCUGCCAGAACUGGGUUGA